AUUCUAGAGAGAGAAAAUAUUAGGGUUGUCGUUCUCUUGCCGUUCCGUGCCGCCGUUCGCUGCUCUCUGACCGUCUCUUCGGCGGCACACUCGAGGUCAGUCCCUCUGUUCUGCUCAUUCCAUGUCUGUCGAGUCUUCCACUCUUCGUUCGUCUGAAGCCGAGCACGGGCUCGUGCUCGGCAGUCAGGGUUCCGUACCCCAGGGCGGCCAAGCGGAGCAGCCAGGUUCCCCAUCCAUUGAGGAAAUCGCGGCCGUAGAGGUGCCCGGGGAAACUGAGCCCCUCCUUCAGAAGCGCACAUUGCUCGUGGACUCGCUCAUCCGCGAGUGCAAGUGCGACUUGUCGAGUGACGAGUUCCUCAAAGCGGUGCGCUACGCCGGCCCCCUCGUGACCGUUCGUCGCCCUACCCCGGAGGAGUCGGUCUUCGACGCUCCUCCGGGCUACUUUGCCAUCCAUCUCAAGUCCCUUGAGAGCGGCUUCCGCUUCCCCCUUGAAUCUUUGGUCAUCGACUUCUUCAAGUACUUUGACUUCCUCCCGUGCCAACUGGUGCCGAACUUGCACCGGUACUUAGCGGGGUUCUUGAUCCGCUGCCAGGAGGUGGGCGUGCGGGCCGACCUUGAGCGCCUAUUGACCCUGUUCCGAGUGGCGAAGUCUUCCGGGUCGGAUGGGGGUUCUUUUGCCGCCCUUUGCCAGCAGCAGGAGAGACUUUUUAAAACCAAGAAGGAAUCCAACAGGACUUGGAAGUCCAAGUUUGUCUUCGUCUCCGUAGGGUCAGCCUCCCCCUUCCGAGACACUCCCCUAAGCUCUUUUCGUAGGCGAUCCAAACUCUUUGCCUCUUCCAAGGCUACUGCUGAUACGGACAAGUUGUGUUCGGGUGGCCCUUACGAGCCCGGGGUCUUAGUGAAUGACGAGGCUCUCUCCAAGUUUGGGGUCGUCUUCCAUGACGAGGACGAGCCCAAGCGUCGGGUUGUCCAAAGUCAGCUUGAAGAAGGACCCUCAGGUGAAAUCAUGAUCUCCGCGGCCGAUAGGAAGAAGCUGUUCAAGUCCAAGCCCCGAUCGGAGUCCGGCCAAGAACGGGGCUUUGUUGAGCGGAGCGAGGUCCCCACCCUCGCGCUCGAGCUUCAUCCCUCCGCCAGACCGAAUGGAGAUAAGUUCGGCCGCCACGGAGGACCUGUCUCCACUCUCUUGCUCGAGUUGGGCUCGGCGGCCAUGCGCGCCCCAGAGCUGGUGGAGCGCUUCGAGUGGUAUGUGGCGGAGAAGGCCAAAGGCGAAGAGGAGCUUCGGAGGCUGCAGGAGCGCGUGGCUGGCCUCGAGGGGAAGCUCACCGAUGCGGAGGAGCGGGCUCGAGUUGCGGGGCAGGCCCGCAUUGCUGCUGAGGAGAAGGCGCGCCGUCUUGGCGAGGAAGCCGAGCAUGUAAUUGAGGCCUUUCAGACCUCCCCCGCGUUCGAGGAGGCGGCUCUCUCCCGCAUGGACGAUCUCUUGAAGGUCUGGGCUCAAACUCCCGCCGGCCAGCGUCUCCUUUUCAAGGAGGGGCAAGCCAAUUACUCCAUGGGAUUGCACCGGGCUCAAGAGGUUUUGCUGGAGCGGAUCCGAGAUGGGAAGGAGCUCCCGAAGCCAUGCGAGAACUCUGAGGAGUUUGACUCAUCCAUCUACUACUCCGAAGGCGAGGACGCCACUAGUGGGGGCGAGGACACCGCCGGUAACUGAGCGCGGCUGUCCCACCGAUGAACUCCACCCUUAUUUCUUUUUUUGAUGUAAUGUUUUUGCGCUUGAACAAUGUAUUUUGCACUGUGCAACUAUUACCCUUGACUCUUCGUGGUUUGUGAUGCCUUUAUCGUUUUGCUCCGACCCUUAAUCGUAUUUCCUCGAAUAAGUUUUGGAGGCCGAA